CUCAAUAUGUUUUUACUAACAUCGAUACUAAUGUUCAGAAUUAUUUGAUAAAAUAUGGAUAUAUUAAACCAAUGGUUAGAUCAUCAGAUGCUAUGCAAGAGGCCGUCAAAAAUUUUCAAUCUAUGAAUCGUUUAAAGCCAACGGGCAAAAUCAAUGAAGAGACGAAAAAAUUAAUGAAAAGAAGUCGUUGUGGAAAUCGUGAUCCCGUUUCUCGGAUCAAAAGUCGCAGUUAUGGAGAACUUUUGCCGUACGAACUGCACGGAAGCAAAUGGACAAACUAUAAGCUUACGUAUAGAUUCAAAAAUUUUAGCCAAAAGAUGACCAAAGAGGGUAUCAUUAAGAUAGUAAAAGAAGCGUUUGGUAUGUGGUCUCAGGUGACACCUCUACGGUUCAUCGAAAGCAACGACAAGAAAAAGAGAGCUCAUAUAGACAUACAGUUUUCAACCCGAAUACAUUGUUGUCACGAAGCACCGCCCGAUAGUGCAAAGUUUGAAGGACCGGGAGGUGUAAUGGCACACACGACAUACCCGGAGGACGGCGGAGAAAUACAUGUAGACGACGACGAAAACUGGCGCCUCGAGUACGACCCAAAAGAUACUAAUACCAUGUCUUUCAAGUAUGUUAUGGUACAUGAAAUUGGACAUGUAUUGGGUUUAGAGCACAGUCACUUUGUGGAAGGAUCUAUUAUGGCACCCUAUUAUUAUAAUACCGAUGUACCACCCAAUUUCAAAUUACAUGAAACAGAUAUUAUAGCCAUUCAAAAAUUGUAUGGCAAUCAAAGUAUUAAAUUACCAUAA